AUGGUGCGCGAACUUCUUCUCAUGGGUCAGGAGUAUGUCCAAGGGUCCCUUCCUCGCUAUCCGAUCGCACUGGGCAACACGACCAGCAAGCCCGCCCGCGCGUUCUUCACGGGCGACCAGAAAACCUGGGCCGAGACCGAACUGCAGAGGAGUGGCACCACCCAAGUCCAAGGCGGCGACUGCCUUGGCGACAUCGCCGAACGGUUCAGCGACAGAACCCUCAUCGGCAAGUACAUUCUCGAUCGAUGGGGCGUCGUGCUGGCGUUUCAAAGCUUCGGCGACAAACACAAGGCGUACUACAAGUCGGCUUUCCCCAUCACCGGUCAAUCGCCCGAGGUCAUCGAAGCGAAUACCCGCAAGCAAAAGAUGUGCUCCGCAAGCAAGAGAUGGGCUCCAAGCUCAAGAGUCGUCCAUUUGGGACCCAAACUCUUGGCUUGCCGUGCAGCGGGGGGGAUGCGCCAGGGUGGAAGCAUGAUGCAGAUGGAUAGCGACACUCUGGAGUGCCGCACCAGAACCGCGCCCCUCUCUUGA